GCAGUUCAAUCUUUUUGGUUAUAGGUAUACGUUGUACGUAUAAAAAAGGUGAUCCGGCCUACCAGCCGAGUAGACACGUAAAAAUUUUUAUCCCAAUCAAUCGUUUGCUGCCGCCGUUUUUGCCGUUGGUAUCACUCUUGUUAACACGUUAACGAUCAAUUCUUUAAAGGCAGUAAUUAUAAACUCUAACUCAAGAUGGCAGUAAAAGGAUUGAUCGCAUCGGUUGUGCAGUUGUUAACGCAGCAAUUGGAGGAUGGCGAUCUGUCGGAUAAUUCAAGGGAGAGCUUGGAGGUUGCAAUUCAAUGCUUGGAAAGUGCCUACAACGUACAAGCGUCCGAUGCUCUGCCUAAUAUUAAUUUAUUAGAAUUGUAUCAAAAUUCCGUCGAUAAUGCCAAACCUGAUUUCGGACCUCCGGCUACUCCUGAGGCCAAGGCUGAAGCUGAAAGACUCAAAAACGAGGGAAAUAACCUCAUGAAAGCCGAGAAACACCAUGAGGCCUUAGCUAAUUACACAAAGGCCAUUCAAUUGGACAGCCGCAACGCGGUGUAUUACUGCAACCGAGCGGCGGUGCAUAGUAAAAUAGGAAAUCAUGCUCAAGCGAUAAAGGACUGUCACACAGCGCUUGCGAUAGAUCCUUCUUACAGCAAGGCUUAUGGACGUUUAGGGCUGGCUUAUUCAAGUUUAGACAAGCACAAAGAGGCCAAACAGAGUUAUCAAAAGGCAUUGGAAAUGGAGCCGGGUAACGAGAGUUACAAAAUGAACCUACAAUUGUCCGAAGAAAAACUUGCUCAGCAGGGCGUAGGCUACAUGGUUCUUGGAAAUAAUUCUGCUGGAGGAGCAGGAGGAGCUGCACCCAAUAUGGACUUGAGCUCCCUACUCAGUAACCCCGCACUUCGAAAUAUGGCCCGUUUAAUGCUCUCUGACCCCGGAAUGCAAAACAUGAUGAGUGAUUUAAUGAGUGGAAAUGUAGAACAAGGAGGCCGAAUGGAAGCUCUGAUCGAGGCGGGUCAACAGCUGGCGCAGCAAAUGCAGAGUGCAAAUCCUGAUCUGAUAGAUUCUCUGAGACGACAGAUGGGAGGAAAUCCAAACGAUCCAGAACCUCCGCAAGAAAAUUGAAAUCCCGAAUAAGACUGCCGCGUUUAAAAAGAAAAUCCUUCUUUCAAUCGUUGUGCUUAUUAUCAACUGUGCAGAAAUGUGUAGAGUACCUCGGUUAUUCUUUAAAAUUUUCAUUUUUAUUGUUAGAAUAUUAAUAAUUUCCGGUAUUUCGUCACCGCCACUGACCAUUGUCUGAAUGUUCAAUGAUUUGAUAAACGCACGUCUGACCACACUUUUUUCUUUCUAAGUGACUUGUUGAAGAAUUCCAUGAGUCGCAGCAACGAAUACAACCGAUUUUCAAAAUUCAAUAAAAACAAGCCUAAAAUAUGGUCUUUAAAGCGCAUUGAGGUCGCCGCGAUUCUU